GACCUUCGUCCCGCGUAGAGAUUUUGACACACAUACCACGUUGUUCAAUGGGGUCAUAUUAGUCUAUAACAGUUGAGAUAUUCUCCGCUAAAUGAAGUGCACACAUCUUACCCAGGACCUCUACUAUAUGCCACUGGACUAGUAGGAAGUGAACAGGCUCUCCGUAAACGGGCUCUGCAAUCUUGUUGCAUUGUCCUAUCGCUAACGUAACGUUACACAUUCUUCUUGUCUGGCGGCUCUUAUUUGUGGGCGUGUAUCGUUAGAGAUGAUUACGUUGAACACAUCAAGAAUGCCUGUUUUGACUCUACUAAUGGUGUUUCAACCAUAGACUGUAGAACGGUUUCAACACUCCAACUUGGGUGAUGAAACUUGCAGCAGUACAGACAAGGUAGACCAGUCUCCGUGCCAUCACUUCCACCAGCCAUUUGCCUGCUACGCGGCGUUGCUAUGCCUACCCCGCUCUGCUGCAAUUCAUCACGGAUGAGAAGGACAACACCACUCUCUGAUGGACCCAGAUCCUGGUCUGUUUCAUUGGUUUAUGGUCCUCUCCCCCUCACUGAUGUGGUCUCCAUUGGGAAACAGUCUUCAGGGUCACUAGUAUUGCAGUCUGACAUCUGUAAUGAAGAUAAUCUUCACAGUCCCAUACAACGUCAACUCUACACCAGUUGGCAAACUGAUAACCCACAGUCAACAGGAGACAUUCAUGAACACAGAUGAGGGAUCUCACUCAGAAAUUCACAAUUUUCAUUUGAAGGCAGUUAAUGCAUGAGAAGUGGGGUGUGCUGGUAUUAAGGAAUAACUCCAUCUACAGUACAGACAUGACAUCUGAAAAAUAUAGAAUGAAGAUUACUAGUGAUGAGUGUUGUGGAUUAGGGGAUUCUUUCAUCUAGGAAUCCAAAAUGAUGGAUGAUUGAUAUGACCACAACAGAAUCAGAGGGUGAUUAUGGACCUGAAAACGAGGUGAAUGCAGAAAAUAGGAUUUGCUCUGGUACUAUGGGAGAAAGGGAAAAGAAAGAGAAAGAGACACUGAAAGAAAGCUAUCAGUGUGAAAAUGAGUUGAUCUCUGUUGCCACAAGACUCUCCCCUGACUGCUGCAGAAACAGACAAAUUACAUUAUUUCCUCAGUCUCGGGGUCCAUCUAAGGAGGAGUCUGCGAUAGAGGAGAAGGAGGUGGAGGAUGGUAAACAGGAUGAGGCCAUGGCAGAAGGAAAGAAGCUUACUAGUGGCAAUGUGCAGCUACUCGGUGUGCCUUAUGGGGGUGCAAGGCCCAAACAGCCACUCAGCCUGCAGAUAUCUCCCAUUUUAGAACAGGUUCAAAAUGAGUUUUCUUCUGAGAAAAUGGAGAAUCUUGAUGUUCAAAAUCUAGCCAAUUUUGGGGCUGAGCCACCUUUACCUUAUAGAAUAGAAGGCCUGGAUGACUUUGGAGUUGUCAAACUGAAUGUUGUAAACCACAAUCCCUCUCCAAGGCUUUUUGUGCAAUUUGAGAGUCCAGAUUAUGAUUUCAAAGCUGAACAGCAGGAGGCUCUCUCUAGGAAGGCCCUUGGACAUGUGGCACCAGUAUGGGUGCCUGAUUCAAAGGCACCGAUCUGUAUGAAGUGUGAGAUCAAGUUCACUUUCACCAAAAGGAGGCACCACUGCCGAGCCUGUGGAAAGGUAUUCUGUGCAGCUUGCUGCAGUCUGAAAAGCAAACUGAUGUACAUGGACAGGAGGGAAGCAAGAGUUUGUGUUACCUGUUACUCUACUCUGAUGAAUUCACGAUCUUGGGAGAAUACCGUAAACUAUCCCAACCCCAGCAAUGCAACGGAGUCCUGCUCAGACACCCCUCAUCUCCAGCAGACAGCAACUGAGCAGACAUCUGGCACUCAGACUUUGCCAACUCAACAUUUCUCAAGUAGAACCCAUGCGGUAGUUCAACGUCAUAGAGUUGAACAAGUUUGUUCAUUGGGUCUGAGUCUGAUUCCUGCUGAUGGACUCCCACCCAUUCUAAUCUCUACUGGCAUCAAACAAGACUAUAAUGUGGUGGAGAAACCCUCUGAAUUGGUGCUCAUGCAGCAGCUGGAGAAAAAUGGGCCUGACCCCCUGGUUUUCAUCCUAAAUGCUAACUUGCUGACUAUGGUCAAACUGGUCAACUAUUUGAACAUGAAAUGCUGGUGUGCCAUGACAAAGGGCAUGCAUGCUGUGGGCCAGCCAGAAUUGGUAGUAUUGCUUCAGUGCCUACCAGAUGAGAAGACCAUUCCGAAGGACAUCUUUAGCCACUUUGUGCAGCUCUAUCGGGAGGCUCUUUCAGGUCAUGUGUUGAGACACCUGGGCCACUCAUUCUUCACACAGAGCUUCCUAGGGAGUAAGGAGCAUGGAGGUUUCCUCUACAUAACCCCAACUUUCCAGACCUUACAGGACCUGCUCUUACCCAAUCCACCAUACCUCUUUGGAAUCUUGAUCCAGAAAUGGGAGACACCUUGGGCCAAAAUCUUCCCUAUCCGUCUAAUGCUUCGGUUAGGUGCAGAAUAUAAACUUUAUCCUUGUCCAUUGUUCAGUGUGAGGUUCAGAAAACCAGUUUUUGGUGAGACUGGUCACACCAUCAUGAACUUGCUAGUGGAUUUCCGUAACUAUCAGUACACGCUGCCCAUGGUUACAGGCUUGGUUGUUGAUGUGGAGGCAAGGAAGACCUAUAUUAAGAUUCCAAAGAAUCGCUACAAUGAGCUGAUGAAAGCCUUGAAUAAAUCAAAUGAACAUGUACUGGCCGUGGGUGCUUGCUUCAAUGAGCAGGCAGACUCUCACCUUGUCUGCAUUCAGAACGAUGAUGGCAACUACCAGACUCAGGCCAUCAGCAUUAAGCAUCAGACACACAAAGUGACUGGUGCAUGCUUCUUUGUCUUCAGUGGUGCCCUGAAGGCUUCUUCUGGAUACUCAGCCAAGACCAGCAUAGUUGAAGAUGGAGUUAUGGUGCAGAUCACCACAGAGACUAUGGAAGAGCUACGACAGGCCUUGAAGGACAUGAAGGACUACAGUAUACCCUGCGGCACAAUUGAACUGGAGAACCAGAAGCAUGUUCAUAUUCAGUGGACAGAAGAUGAUCAUAACUUCAACCGUGGCAUCAUCAGUCCCAUUGAUGGAAAGUCCAUGGAAUCCAUCAAUUCCAUAAAUAUUUUCCAUGGUGCUGAGUACAAAGCCAACGGGAAAGUCAUUCGCUGGACAGAGGUGUUCUUCUUGCAGAAAGAAGACCAGUCCUAUUUCCUCAGUGACCCGAUUGAGCAUAGUCGUCUUACAGAGAAUGUAGCACGAGCCUUCUGCAUGGGUCUAUGCCCACAUCUGACAAUGCUGAAGGAAGAUGGCAUGGUCAAAUUGGGCUUACGUGUCACAAUGGACUCAGAUAAGGUGGGUUACUUGGUUGGAAGUAAUGGACAACCAUUGUUGUCGCAGUACCUGAGUGAUCUGGACUCUGCUCUGAUACCAGUGAUCCAUGGUGGUGCCUGUCGGCUGAACAAAGGCCCAGUAGUGAUGGAACUUAUCUUCUACAUCCUCGAUUUUAUCUUUUAAGUCAGCAACAAUGAUAAAAAAAAAAGAUAACAGAUAUCUUGGGACCAUUGCUAUAUUUGUUGAAUCAUCUUUCACGGCUUCAAACGUAUGUCUUUUGCAUGUGCUUAAAAAUUAUUUUCAGUGAAAAUCAAUCACGGUCAUUUCUCUGUCUGAUUGAGGAAGAGAAAAACUGUAUUCUCUUGGAGAGACAGUUGGAGAGAUUGCUCUUUCUCUUUAUAUGAGUAUGGAUUGAAGAGAAAGAAAAAAGAUGCAAAGGAAAAUGACAAUCAUUUUCCCUUUAAUUUCCUUUUGAUUCAACAGUGCCCAAGCUUGUUUUUCCUUCUUGUUAUUCCUUCUAUCUUAACUUAGUUACAUGUCCUCCUCUAAGAUUUAUAAAAGACUGAGGCUUAUUUUAACAUGUGGGUUUUGUAAUUCAAUAAAUGACAUUCACUGGCUAAAUUGUGUUUUGGUGAACUGCACGACAUUAACAAACAAUGUUACUGUAUUGCAGGAACUGUAAUUGUAUGUGAUUGUGUGAUUGUGACAUGUAACAAAAACUGUGUGUAAUUGUUUGUGUAACAAAAAGUCCCUACCUCAGGGUAUCUGCACAUUUUAAGUGCAAAUUUAAUGACUUUUAAAACCUUUUUAAGACCUCUAUAAGGAAAAAUUAACCACAGCAAAAAAGAUAAAUGUGACAACUUUAAACUGUUUUAUGUAGUAGGUUUUACUAAUUAUAUUUAAGAACAAUGCACAUGUUUAGUGAAUAACAAAGUACAAAAUAAUGUUAACAUUAGGCCCCCUGCACCCCAAAAUAAGAUGUACUAUGGAGUACUUCAGUUAUGCAGAGCCUUCUUGCACAUGUUUGAGAGUGCAUUCUGGUAGUCUCUUCUAAACUGCAGGACACCAAGCUCACUUACACUGCUGCUUUUGGUCCCUGCUUUUGUCAGUUCCUGACAAAACAAAAGUGGUUUGUCAAAUCUCCAGAAUUACUGCUCAGCAGUAAUUCUCAGCUGUGCUGUGUAUAUUAAAGGUUCUCUAAGUCUUGUUUCAGGUUUUCUAAGCUAAUUCUAAAAUGUUUGGUCGCAUACAGCAAACAUCUCCUCAUGAUCCGCUAUCCGACCCCUGAAAACGCUGUUGACACCCAGGCUCCAAAAACUGCAACAAAAACAGCCUGGUCCACCCUAGAUCAUGAAAUAUAUAAAACUGUUCCAGCCAAACACCAUUCAGGACAGUUCCAUUUACAUGGGAGGGAGGGGCGAGCAAGCUCUGUUUUUUUAAACACCAGCAGAAGUGAUGUCACUCAACCAUGCUUAGAGAACCUUUAAACUAUCUGUAACAUUCUAAAUUAGCCUAACAUAUUUGACUUGACCUUACAUUUCUUUGACAUGACUCAUUAUUGAAUUGCUCUGAUGGUUAAUGCACUGAAUAUACUGGAUGUCCCACCUUGAUGACAGCUGCUGCACCCUUUUCUGCAGAAAAGGUGGGAAGGCUCUUGAUAAAGCCAUUAGGAAAUGGAGCUUGGCCUGCAGAAGGGGAUCCACUCGAGCCUCAGAGAGGGUGUCAAAUGAUAAUGAUGUCAAAUCUCUAAUGCUCUUUGCAAACUGGCAAGUUCUUAAGCCACCGAUGGCCACAGAAGGGUAUGGGGAAUGUUGUUGACAAGGCUGAGGAUGUGAAAUCCUCUCUCCUGGCUAGGCCAUUGUAAAAGAGAUGGUGCAGAGAGUUAAGCACCAUCUGUACCUGCCACACCUCAAAUCCACUUUUGAAAGAGUUGUGGAGGGUAUGUGGACCACAACUUUAAAUUAACCCCCCCCCCCUUGCUUGCCAUGCUCCUGCUGUAGGAGGUCAACAAUUUUCCAGUUAUCCGAGGGACCAUCCAUCGACAAAGAGAUCAUGUUCAUCAAGUUGAGUUGCUUUGUACACUCCUGAAAUUAUGAAAAAUAAAAAUACAGA